GUCGCGUUCGAAGACGAGGCAUGCCUGGCGCCUGAGGUUUGGUCCGCACGACGGAAGGAGCAAGGCACCCGCGUAUUCCGAUCUCCAAGAAAACGGGGAGAACCACGCCAUCCCAGACGUGACCCACUCCGCAGUGGCGCUAUCUUACCUGCUCCACCGCCUUCCCCUCCCCCAAAACCACUCUCCUUUCUGUUCUAUAAAACCGACAUUCAUUAUAUAUACGUAUAUUCAACUCCGGUCUUCUUGCCUUCAUCCAAUCCUCGUUUCGCUCUCUUCCCCGCCGGUUUAUAAUUAAGCGUCUGCUUCGAGGCCUAAGGUUUCUUCGCCGAAGGGAAGAGGUCUUGAUGGAUCCCCAGGUCCUCGUCGCCCUCGCCCUCUCCCUCGUCGGCGGGUUGAGCACCUCUUUGGGUGCACUUUUUGUGAUUCUAAAUCAUGCUCCCAAUCUUAAGAUGCUUGGACUUUUACAGGGUUUUGCCGCUGGCCUUAUGUUGAGCAUAUCUUUUUUAGACUUGGCACAUAAUGCUCUGAACUCUAUUGGCUUCUUAAAAGGCAACCUUUGGUUUUUUGCUGGAGUUCUAUUCUUUGCUUUCAUCGUCAGUUUUAUCCCUGAACCAACUGUUGUUCCCAGAACAGAUGCAGACAACAAACAGAAAGAUGAUGAUGGAUCUGGAAAAGACCUUAUGAGAAAACAUCGUCGUCAAGUCUUUUUUAGUGGGAUAAUCACUGCAAUUGUUACAGGCAUUAGUUUGCACAAUUUUCCUGAAGGAAUGGCAGUCUUUCUAGGGUCAAUAAAGGGUCUGCGAGUUGGUCUCAACCUAGCUCUGGCUAUUGCUCUACAUAAUAUUCCAGAGGGUGUUGCUGUAGCCCUUCCUGUCUAUUUUGCUACUGACAGCAAAUGGCAAGCAUUCAAACUGGCAACACUUUCGGGUUUUGCUGAGCCGCUAGGUGUGCUUAUUGUAGCUUACCUGUUUCCCAGCAGUUUAGAUCCCGAGAUACUUGAAGGCUUACUUGGAGCAGUUGGUGGAGUUAUGGCUUUUCUGACAUUGCAUGAAAUGUUACCUCUAGCAUUUGACUAUGCGGGUCAGAAACAAGCUGUCAAAGCUGUCUUCAUUGGCAUGGCUUUCAUGUCUGCAAGCUUAUAUUUCUUAGAGAUCAGCUUGCCGAAGGAGAUGAGUUUGUAGCUCUGGAUGGUUCAUGACUUCUAAUCAUAAGCAAACAUGUUAUGCAAAUACCAAAAUCCAGACAGGUUCUUCCUAUGUUGCUGCCACAGUUAAUAUCAUGUGCCGCUGUCUUUUUUUAUCACAAAAUGUGGUUGCCAUCAGCAAAAUGAGAAGUGCAUCUCUUCUCCAGCAGUGAAAUUUGUACAUUCUAUACUCAUUAAAUUGUCAUACUUAUUUGCAAAACAUGGUCUACAUUUUCUUACUUUUGCUGAUAGGGCUCCUUCUUAGCCUACAUCUGAUGAACUGCCAUGGUAAAAGCAGUCAGUAACAAGUUGAACUGUGUAGGAGGUUGCUGAUUUACCCAGACGCAUCACAGCUGAUGUAGAGUUGUGUCAAGUUUCGAAGCCAUCGAGUUCUCUAAGACUCGUCAGUCCAAACCAGAUUGAGGAUAGCACUAUCAUCUGUUGAGAGAGAGAUUUUAACUCUUAAUUCUUCUUCUCUCCAUGCACCAUGAUAUAUUAUACGUUUGUUCACAAAAUAUUGACUCGUAUGAUGACAAAGCAAGCCUCUCUUUAGGGUUGUAGUUCUUGUAGACUGCAGCUGUGCUUGGUGCUUUCUAAAUGUUGGUUAUCAAUAAUAAAAAUCAUGUAUAAUUGUUUGAUAAAU